AUGGCUGAAAACGAAAUGUCAACUAAAGAGAGGCUUCUCUCUUUGCAGAACUAUGUUAACUCCCAGAUUGGUGAAAACUUAUCUUUAACUGAUGGAAUAAAAAAGCUAGUCAAGGGUGAUGGUGAUGUAACCAAAGAGUAUCUUGAAGAAAACUACUAUGACAAAGAAUUCUUUGAGGAUAUAUCUACACUUGAAAUCAAGGAUGAUAGAACUACUAAGAAGUUGCUUGAAGAAUCUGAUAUUCCUGAUAUUGUGAAGGCUAGUAAUACUUAUUCUACUGAAGAAACUGUAGUUGGCACAUGGAUUGAUGGUGAAGUUAUCCCUAUUCCUGCUAUUGUAGGAAGUGAUGGAUAUACUCUCACUAAGAUUUUUGACGCUGCAACUCUUGAUUCUUUACCAGACGCAAAUGAUGUUUUUGAUGUAUCAGACAUUAGUGGCUAUCUUAAUAAUGGUUACACUAUGACGGUUUCUAAUCCUAUUAUAAAUUCUAAAGCUCCUGGCGUUGUGGAUGAUGAAAAAGAGCGUGUAUUCUCAGAGGAUAUCAAAGCCUAUGAUUAUAUUGCUACAAUUAGUUCUGGUGAUGAUAAAUAUAUAGAUUUUAUGCCAAUGGACCCUAGUUUAGGAACAUUUUCUAGCCAAACUGGUACAACUAUGUUCUUAUAUAAUUAUAACGGUAAUGACAUAUAUAACACUGGUGCCAAGGGUAAUGAUUAUAUUUAUGGAAUUAACAUUCAAAAUGCUAACGAACGAGCUAAAGAGGGUAAGGGUAAAGGAGGAGAUAUCUGGGGCGCAGAUUGGCCUAUCCCUGUAGCAGAAGAAUUUGAGUGGCAUUUUUAUGAUGACCUUGGAAAUGGUAAGCAGUAUAUUACUACCAAGUUGACUGAUUAUAUUCUUUGGUUUAUUCCAUUUUCUUAUGAUGAAUUUGUGUAUGAGUUACCAGAAGGAACUUAUAAGCCUUGGGAACUUAAUACUAAGACAGUAGUUGGUAUGAUUUAUGACCUUGAACAUUGGAACUGGCAUACUGAUAAAAUGUAUUGGGAUGAUACAUAUGAUACAGUUUCGUUUAGACGCGAAGAAGAUGGCAGAUAUGAUGAUUAUGAAAUUGGAGAUAUUAAAAUGGGACUUGACCACGGAAUCAGAGUAAAUAACGAAUAUCGCAUUGAUUGGAGAAAAUGUAAUCAGUUUAGAGGCUGGUUUUCUCGACUUGCAAAUUUUGAAGAUGAAGGUGAAACAACCCUUUCUAUUACAGUUCUUGAGGAUUUUCUUGCGGACUUGAAGGCUGUCGCCGCAGACCACUCUCUUGCUGAGGAAAUAAUGCCAGUUCAGCAUGGUUUUUUCUUUGGUUCAUAUGAAUAUGAUGAUUGGUAUUUUAAUGAUAUCGAGAAGGCUAUUGUUGAUAUUGAAGAUUUGCUAUCUGAUGUUUGCAAAAAUGAUAAGAUUGAAUACUGGGAGUGGUAUUAA